AUGGAUGUAGACCCAAACGACAACAGUAGAGAAAUCGACUUAUGCGAGACGAACACUCAACGUUUGAUUGCUGAAAGCGGUGGUCGAUGUAUGAGCACGCAAGCCAUGCAAUCGCUCUAUGAUUUUCGACAAAACAAUCUUCUCUGCGACGCUGUUUUAAGACUUGAAGAUGGUGGCGUCUUUCCAAUUCAUCGAGCCAUUUUGUCGGCCUGCAGUCCGUACUUUAGAGCUUUAUUCACGACCACGUUGCACUCCCGGGAGAAAACGGACGUACUUUUGCCGGGUGUCAGCAGUAACAUGAUGAAUCUUCUUCUCGAAUACGCAUACUUGCGAUCAAUCACCGUGAACAACGAAAACGUGUGUCAGUUAUUGGUAACUGCGGAUUAUUUGAACAUUUUGGGCGUUCUCGAUCUCUGCUACGAAUAUCUGAAGCAGAAUUUGGCACCGGAGAAUAGUAUCAGUGUCAUGAGGUUCGCCCGAGAACACUUCUGCAAGGGAUUGGAGAACAGUGCAUAUCGUUACGUCAUGAGACAUUUUGUGCAUGUAGCUCAACGGAGCGAAGAAAUUCUCGACUUACCGGUAGAAGAGCUAACCAUGUUAAUCGGAGCGGACGAGCUGAACGUUAAGAGCGAGGACACGGUUUGGGAACUGGUACUAAAAUGGAUCGACUAUGAUCCACAAUCUCGAAAGGAGUAUAUAGUCGAUUUGAUGAAGAACAUUCGUCUUGGCUUGCUGGACACGCAGUUCUUCCUUGAAAAUGUAAAAGAUCAUCCGUACGUUACUGGAAAUGACGCUUGCCGACCUAUCAUUAUCGAAACCUUAAAAUUCUUGUACGACCUGGAAAUUAUAACGCAAAAAGACGGAGAAGUACCCACACCGAAAAUAGCGCGACCAAGAGUGCCCCAUGAAAUAUUGUUCGCUAUAGGUGGAUGGAGUGGCAGAAGCCCUACAAAUUUCAUAGAAACUUACGACACCAGAGCAGAUCGAUGGGUCAAGGUGGAAGAAGUGGAUCCGAUCGGACCACGAGCGUAUCAUGGAACUGCGGUGGUCGGUUUUAACAUUUAUGUGAUCGGUGGCUUCGACGGUGCAGAUUACUUUAAUAGUUGUCGUUGCUUCAAUGCUGUUACCAAAACGUGGAAAGAAGUUGCUCCAAUGAAUGCUAGAAGGUGUUACGUUAGCGUUGCUGUACUCAAUGAUUUGAUUUAUGCAAUGGGAGGAUAUGAUGGAUAUUAUCGACAAAAUACUGCCGAACGUUAUAAUUAUAAGACGAACCAAUGGUCCCUGAUAGCACCCAUGAAUUGCCAAAGAUCGGAUGCCAGUGCAACCACUUUAAAAGAAAAAAUUUAUAUCACGGGAGGAUUCAAUGGACAUGAAUGUUUAAAUUCAGCCGAGGUGUACGAUCCGGAAACCAAUCAAUGGACGUUGAUAGCACCAAUGAGAUCACGUAGAAGUGGAGUAUCUUGUAUAUCUUAUCACAAUCAUGUAUACGUUAUUGGAGGUUUCAAUGGAAUAUCAAGAAUGUGCAGUGGCGAAAAAUAUAAUCCUGUAACGAAUGUUUGGAGUCCCAUUCCAGACAUGUACAAUACACGUAGCAAUUUUGCAAUCGAAGUGAUUGACGACAUGAUUUUUGCAAUUGGUGGAUUCAAUGGUGUUACCACGAUUUAUCACGUCGAAUGUUACGAUGAGAAAACGAACGAAUGGUAUGAAGCAACGGACAUGAACAUAUAUCGUUCCGCGCUAUCAGCUUGCGUGAUCAUGGGCUUACCUAAUGUAAACGACUACAUUCACAAACACCGCGAACGUCUAAUGGAAGAAAAACGGCAGAAACUACUAGCACUGGAGGUACACCGUAGUCAGCAUCAACAUCAACAUCAACAAGAUCAAAUGCAGCAAAAUCGAGAAAGUCUGUUAAACAGUGAAAGUAUACCUGCACCACCUUCAAUGCUCCCAAAUAGCAUUUCCAAUAACGAAAAUCGACAAAAUUGA